AUGUCUACUUCCUCAGAUUACUUCGUUUCCUUCUGCAUUCUACUCUCCAUCUCUCUCACAGUUUUCUCCGAAACAGAUGGGACACAACUCAUAGUGGCAAACAACUGCAAAGAAAGUGUAUGGCCUGCACUUCUCGGCAAUGGAGGACAGCCCUCACCUAAACAUGGCGGGUUUUACCUUGGAAGCGGCGAAGAGGUUGUUGUCCAAGUCCCUGAGGGUUGGGCAGGGAGAAUCUGGGGCAGACAAGGGUGUUUAUUCGACCAACAAACAGGCAAAGGUUAUUGUGAAACAGGAGAUUGUGGAGGCCUAUUACAAUGCAAUGGCACUGGUGGAGUACCUCCUGCAACCCUAGUAGAAAUGACCCUUGGAACCUCAAAAUUACCAUUCCAUUUCUAUGAUGUUAGUUUGGCUGAUGGGUUUAACCUCCCUGUGUCAAUGAAGCCUCUGAGUGGUGGUGGUGCAGGUUGUGGUGUUGCUGGCUGUGAAGAUAACUUGAAUGUUUAUUGCCCUUCAGCUUUGGCUGUGGAGAGGAAUGGGAAGGUUGUGGGGUGCAAGAGUGCUUGUUUGGCAGCAAAGUCAGAUAGGUAUUGCUGCACUGGUGAGUUUGCUGGAAGAUGCAAGCCAACUGUGUUUGCUCGUCUCUUCAAGACCGUUUGCCCUAAUGCUUAUAGCUAUGCUGACGAUGAUUCAGCAGUGCUCAAUACUUGUUUGGCACCUCGCUAUAACAAGCAAUUUGAGAAGGCAUUGGUUUUGUAUGGUGAAGAAACCCCAGAUCGGUGGCAUAAUAUAGCCGAAGAAGUUGGUGAUAAAUCAGAGGAGGAAGUGAAGAGACACUACACAAUUCUUUUAGAAGAUGUUGGUAGAAUAGAGUCAGGGCAUGUUCCAAUUCCCGACUAUAAGUUCUCACAAAACAUGCAUGGAUGA